GAAGAGCGUGAUUUCGUUGUCUGUCGUGAAUGAAGGCCGAAUACAAGUUGAAUAAUGUUGCGAGUCGAUGUUGAUCGCGUUGCAAUUGAUACCGAUCUUAAUUGGGAAACCGACUUCAUUCCUUGGUUAGAGGACAAAGAAAGGAAACGUAUUGGCGUUGAGGACGGAGUUUUUGUGGCUACUGUAAACCCUACUUUAAGAGUUCUUAAACCACAGGAUGAAGCUACUUUUGUUAAGCAUUGCAGUCAAUACAAGAUCAGUUCUGUGGAUACUCUGAAGCUAAGAGAGUUUGUACAAAAAGGAGUAUUUACUCAUGCCGCUCCUAAAUGUGACUCAACACUUACAGAGGAAUUCAGGAAACACAUGAGUCAUGUGGAGGCUUUCAAAUCUGAAACAUGCUGCACCUCGUUUCUGAAGGGGGAUGGUGAUUCUUUAGAAGACCUCUUUAACCACUUCCAUUCAGAUGUGCUAAUGAAGAUAAAGGAACGGUCUCAAUCUGGUGUCGGAUUGGGCAGUACGAAGAGUAGUGUGCUCAUGGAGGAGUCCGGGCUUAAGUUGCAGCAGUUUUACGAAAGUUACAGUCAGAACUGUGAAGGAUUUGCUUGGGAAAAGCGCUUAAAAAGACCACCUUCGGAGUGCCCCGAAAUGGAGUGUGAAUAUCUCUCACCUGAUACUGAUCAGAUUGAAGAAGAUGCUGAUAGUAAAAAUCGCAAACGCUCCAAAAAGAGAUCAAAAUUUAGGCAGAGAAGCGUAGCAGAAAGUAAGCACAGAAAGCCCAAGGCAGUUAUAUACUAUGGAUAUGGUUUCGAAACCUCUAAUAAUCUCCUAACGAUAACAGCCAACUUAAACUUGAGCCGAAUUUUUAACAUUCUUUGGUUGCUUCCUCUUCAUUAUCCUGGUCUGCAUUCAUCCUUUUUAUAUUUUGGAUCAACACACUCCUACUUUCCAGUGCACAAUGAGGAUGCACUGCUUUGGAGCUUAAACUAUCUACAUCUUGGACAUCCCAAAGUUUGGGUUGUGAUACCACCUUGGGCUACAGAAUUGCUUGAAUUCCACUUACGCAAAAGUUGCAUUCUACUGAACCACUCGUCAUGUACCAACAUUCUUGGACAUAAAAGUGUAUUGCCAACAGUAUGCUGGCUGAAUGAACGGAAAAUCCCUUUCAAAGUAGUUGUUCAACGCCCAGGUGAUUUGGUGGUACUGUACCCCAAUGCAUCACAUUUUGGCUUUAACCUAGGGCCAAAUAUUGCCCAGUCUAUCAAUGUGGCGACCUUGUCAUGGAUUCCAUGGGGAAUCAAUGCAAAAAAAUGCUUGUGCACACUCGACCAAGUGCAUGUUGAUAUGUUACCUUUGGUAGCAGCGUUCAGGGGAGACCUCCUUAGUCAUGUUUUGCAUGGAGGCACUGUAGUUAUCCCAGAGAUGCUUAGAGGCAUGCAGCUUGUAAGAGAUGUUGUUUUGGAGAGUUCCAGUGUAGUGCAGUGCGGGGGUCACAAGCCCAAGGAAGAAUAUGGACUACAAACAUAUAAGUGCCCAGCUAACACUUGCAACAAGACUUUUCCCAACUCUAUAACACUCAAGCAGGAUAUGACCAAACAUGUUAAAUGCACUCACAAACCAAUCUUAGAGAGUGCUGGACUGCUUAUGAAAAUAGACAAGCUUUUCAAGGUGUGAUGCAGGAGGUUUAACUUCUCAUAGAAAAAAGUACUGGCACAGAUUUUCUGGAGGAUAUCGAUAGGUUUUAGUUGUUGACUUAAAGAGGGGAAAAAUUCAUCAGUUGUGAUACUUGAACUGAACCACUUGACGUGGUAGAUGUUUCAAGGGAGUAAGAAAAAUUUGUUAUGCAAUGAUGCAUAGAUAAGGUUCUCUCUUAAGAUGAGGCAUGUGAAUGUCAAUUAUUUUGAUUUGUACAUUGUGGAACAAUCACUUUGCAAAUGGAGCUCAGAGUGGAUGUGAGGAUUUCUUGGCAAUUGAUCAACGAUUCCUUUCUAUCAGGGUGUAACUUGGGGAUUAGGCAUACAGAAUGUCAAAUGUUUCGUUGUCCAGAAUCAUCACUUAUUUAUUGUAACUUUCACAGUGUGAAGUAAAUA